AUGAUCGCGCGCGUGUGUCGUACCUUCAGCGACGCCUUUGCGAUGGACGAAACGGCGGCGAAGGAGCAGGGGAAGAAGUACUGGAUCAGCCGAGUUCUGGGCUCCGGUGCGACCGGCACUGUGCUGUGUGCGAAGCGCAAGUCGGAUGGGGAGCCUUUCGCCGUUAAGGUUGUGGACAUGGAGGGCAUGUCGGAGGCCGACAAGAACCGCGCGCAGGCGGAGGUGCACUGUCUGCUGAACUGCGACUUCUUUUCCAUCCUGAAGUGCCACGAGGACUUUGCCAAGAAGGACCCUCUAGAUGGGGAGAAUCUCUUAAUGAUAGCUCUUGUGCUUGACUACGCGAAUGCUGGGGACCUCCGCCAGGAAAUCAAGAGCCGUGCCAAGGCGUCCCGAGCAUUUCGUGAGCACGAGGCAGGCCUCCUCUUCAUUCAAGUCCUCCUUGCGCUUCAUCACGUGCACUCGAGACACAUGAUUCAUCGUGACAUCAAGACGGCCAAUAUCCUUCUUUGCAGUAAUGGGCUUGUGAAGCUCGGGGACUUUGGCUUCAGGCAAGAUGUAUUCCGCCACGGUCUCGGGCGACGUCGGCAAGACGUUCUGCGGCACACCGUACUACGUU